ACGACCAAAAGGGCUAUCCACUCUGGUGAAGAGUGGUGUUCCUGAAGCGUUGAGGGCAGAGGUGUGGCAGUUAUUAGCAGGCUGCCAUGACAACCAGGCAAUGCUGGACAGAUACCGAAUUCUUAUCACAAAGGCCUACUCUGUAUAUGAUGAAGACAUUGGGUACUGUCAAGGACAGUCUUUUCUUGCUGCUGUAUUGCUGCUGCAUAUGCCAGAGGAGCAAGCAUUCUGUGUUUUGGUGAAAAUCAUGUACGACUAUGGUUUGCAAGACCUCUACAAAAACAACUUUGAAGAUCUUCAUUGCAAAUUCUACCAGUUGGAGAGACUAAUGCAGGAACAGCUACCGGACCUGCACAGCCAUUUUUGUGAUCUGAACCUGGAAGCUCAUAUGUAUGCAUCCCAGUGGUUUCUUACUCUGUUUACUGCCAAGUUCCCACUCUGCAUGGUGUUCCACAUCAUUGACUUACUGCUUUGUGAGGGUUUGAACAUAAUCUUUCACGUAGCCUUGGCUCUCCUAAAGACCUCAAAGGAAGACCUUCUGCAGGCUGAUUUUGAAGGUGCUUUAAAGUUCUUCAGAGUUCAGCUACCAAAGCGAUACAGGGCAGAGGAAAAUGCAAGAAGAUUGAUGGAACAGGCUUGCAAUAUUAAAGUACCAACAAAGAAGCUGAAGAAAUAUGAGAAAGAAUAUCAGACAAUGCGAGAGAGCCAACUGCAGCAGGAAGACCCAAUGGAUAGAUACAAGAGGGAGAACCGAAGAUUACAGGAGGCCAGCAUGAGGUUGGAACAAGAGAAUGAUGACCUCGCCCAUGAACUAGUAACCAGCAAAAUUGCUCUGCGGAAUGACCUGGAUCAGGCAGAAGACAAGGCAGACGUGUUGAAUAAGGAGCUCCUCUUGACCAAACAGAGGCUGGUGGAGACUGAAGAGGAGAAGAGGAAGCAAGAGGAAGAGACUGCCCAGCUAAAGGAAGUCUUCAGGAAACAGCUAGAGAAGGCAGAAUAUGAAAUAAAGAAGACUACAGCUAUCAUUGCUGAGUAUAAGCAGAUCUGUUCCCAGUUAAGUACCAGGCUGGAGAAACAGCAAGCAGCCAGCAAGGAAGAGCUGGAAGUGGUAAAGGGUAAAAUGAUGGCAUGCAAACAUUGCAGCGACAUUUUCAGCAAGGAGGGCACUUUGAAACCAGCAGCCAUAAGCCGAGAGGACCAGGGAAUUGAAACGGAUGAUGAGAAGGACUCGCUUAAGAAGCAGCUGAGGGAGAUGGAGCUGGAGCUGGCACAAACCAAGCUGCAGUUGGUGGAGGCCAAGUGUAAAAUCCAGGAACUUGAACAUCAGAGAGGAGCCCUUAUGAAUGAAAUCCAAGCUGCAAAAAACUCUUGGUUUAGCAAAACCCUGAACUCUAUCAAAACAGCCACAGGUACCCAGCCACUGCAGCCACCACAGGCCACCCAGCCACCCAAGGAGAGCACAUAGUUCUGGCCUCACCCAAGCACAAGAGCACAAGGAUCAAGGCAAUGGAAACCCAGGAGGAUUAUUCCUGGUGUCCCUUUGAAGGAAAGUAAAGGAGACCAGAAAACAAGCCAGAAUCUUUCAGUAGCUGUCACUCUUUCUUGUAUGACAUUUUUCAAAGGGAUGUUGUUUAAACUGACCUGAUUUGUGUUGAAUACCAAUUUUCCAGCUUCUUCAUGGAAGGCCAUGUUCAGACCCAUCAUAGUAUUACACAUUAUUUUAUAUGCCUGAUGUUUAGUUGGAAAUAAGUAAUUCAAAACUAAAUGCUUUUUAUUUAGAGCUAAUUAUUCAUAAUUAUUUUUAUCUUACAUAAAAAUGGAGACAUCUAUUGUUCUAAGGUUGAAGUGAUAGGAAGAUCGUUGUCACAGCAAAAAACAGCAACAAUAAAAAAUUGAAACCUAAACCUCUUAACUUUUCAGGAUUUAUUCAGAUAAAGCACACUGUGGGGCCAGUCAUGACCACUGUCAGGAUUCCUCCUGAAAGUAAUUCCCAGGGUAGUGAUAAUCCUGUCCAAAGGAAAAACAGACCAAGGAUUGAACAGUCCCCAAAGAUAAUUGAUUUAUUUUCAUUUUCUGCCGGAUACAUCUGGAAAUGAAGUGCCAAGAACCAUGGACUAGACGGAUUAUUAAGAAUAUACACUAUGUAAAAUUUUGAUGAAUGCAGGAUAAAAUCACUUGGCUUUGGUAUUCUAACAGAUCCUUGUAAGAACGCCACAUGGGACUUGCAAGUUCCUAAGGAAGCCUAAGUAUGAACACAGAUGUGAUUUCUGGCAAAUGUAAAGGUGGAUAUUGCAAGUUGCAGACUUAGGGAACCUUCACCAGAGAAGCACAGAAAGGCCCAGGUUCAGCAUUGUACUUAGAGUGGAACACAGAACCAGCAACAGAGUAUUUCUUUUAAUGUUGACAUAUACUUGUUAGGAAACACUAAUAUACUUUAACUUCACUAAAGGACAUAGUAUUGAAAUGGGAAAUAGAAGUCAGCUUCACAUCAUCUUAGUUUAAUGUUAGGCACCUUUUCCUGAUAUCUGUAGCUCCCUAAAAAUGGGCCCUUAGAACCCCUGUAUGAAGAGAUACAAAUGCAUUUGUAACAUUUUUGAUUGAACUGAAAACCUUUAUAGAAAUACUUCAUGGAAAGGUAAAGCUAUUGUUUAAAAGUUGGUGGAAAUAUUUUUUCAAUUAUAUUUAACAUGUCUGUAUAUAGUCAUUGCAAAAUUAAUUUUCCCAUUUUAUUCCCAUUCUAUUUUGGAGGACUCUGGUUUUUCAACACCAAUCAAACUACUUUCAGCUAUCUACAAUAACGUUUAUUUAUACUUAUCCUUAGAUUCAUUAUUGAACAUAGUGUUUGCAAAGGAUCUUAAACUCUGUAGUGCCAGAGUGAUUCUCAUCUGUGCCAUAUGUUAUAAUUAAAAGUAACACUCUUAGAAGAAUCAAAUAAGAGGCAUCUCAACCCCAGAAGGAUGCACUACAAGUUGCUCAUGGUGGAUCUUUUCCUUUAAAGUGAUCUUUAAGCUUGAAAAAGUGAAAUCCCCUUCAUCUGUAUUUAUAUCAUCUACAGCCCAUAAAAUUGAUAUGGUUGUUUGUUAUCUGUUACACUCAUCAAAUAAUACUUUUCUUACAGAAGUAUUUUUUUUUUGGUUCUAAUGUCUUUUAUCAUAAAAUUAAUUUCUUUUUACUAAAAAGGAAAAUAACCCAGCAUUCCAGGUGUCUGUGUUGACGUUAACAUUCCUUACAUGGUUGUUUAAAUAAGCUAAUAAUUUUUAAAAAUAUAGUGAAUGGCUAGAAAAUUGUAUCUUCACCCUUGUUUCUGUAAAUCAUUUAGUAUAGUCUGUUAGCUUUAUUUGUACUUUAUGUUUUGAUUCCAAGAAGCCCUGUACAAGUCACCUUAUUAAAUGGCCAGCUAAAUUAAA